AUGUCGAAGGCGACAACCAUUAAGGAAGCACUCAAACGCUGGGAGGAGCGGGAGCAGCAAAAUUCUCUUAAUGCUAAGCAAAUAGAUCUGCAAUUCCAGUGGCCACCUAUUGAAAAAAUGGACAGCACAUUGGGUACACUUGUGAACUGCGAAAGAAUAAGUAUGUCUACAAAUAUGAUUGAAAAAAUAUUUGGCUUGUCUGGCAUGAAGUGUCUGAAGGUGCUGUCGCUGUCGCGUAAUUACAUAAAACAAAUUUCAGGAUUGGAAGCUGUAGCUGAUACACUGGAGGAGCUUUGGCUCAGUUACAAUCUAAUCGAGAAACUGAAAGGAUUGACAGCGCUUAAGUGCCUUAAAGUCUUAUAUAUAAGCAACAAUUUGAUAAAAGAUUGGUCAGAGUUCAAUCGUUUGGCAGAAAUAGAGUCUCUAGAAGAUUUGGUGGUAGUUGGAAAUCCUUUGUCCGAGGGUCUAGAUGAUAGUCUUUAUAGAGCCGAGUGCAUUAAACGUCUACCAACAAUAAGAAAAUUAGAUGGCGAACCAGUAGUUCUUAAAGAAGAGCCGCAAUUGUAA